CCCCCCAAAACGCCAGGGCCAGAACCCUGUCCCUGCGACAACGCGGCGUGCCCGUCGAACCCGCUUCCGGCCAACCCGCUGUCUUUCUUUUUAACUUUUUUCCCUUUUGGUAGGGAAGGGAAGGGAAGUUUGGAAAAAAAAAAAAAGGCUGGAAUGUGGAAAUAUGGGCGGGAGAUCGAUGCUGGGCCCGACCGGCGCGUCGCUCUCCCUUCCUUAGUUGGUUAG